CCAGCACAUCGACCCACAAUCGCCAUAUGACCGAGCUUCUCAAACUCGAAAGUAAACCCAUCCCAGCCUUCUACUGCUGCUAUCUCCUGCGCUCCAAGAACCGCAAAUCCUACUACAUCGGCAGCACGCCCAACCCAGCGCGCCGCCUCGGCCAGCACAAUGGCACGAGCAAGGGCGGCGCAAAGCGCACUGCGAUGCAGGGCAAGCGUCCAUGGGAGAUGACGUGCAUCGUGACGGGUUUCCCAUCGCACUUCGCAGCGCUGCAGUUCGAAUGGGCAUGGCAGAACACCCACAUGACGCGCCACAUCGACCGCGACGUGAGAGACGAGCGGGCCGUGGCGCUGCAGAAAGGGAAGAAAGCCGCGCCUGCGUCGACGGGGAGGCGUAAGAGGCCGCCCAUGUCGCUGGAGGCGCGACUCAAGAAUCUGCAUCAUCUGCUCGGUGUGGACAGCUUUAGGAGGUGGCCGCUAAAUCUGAGGUUCUUUGCGCUGGAUGUGUUCAAGCAGUGGGAACGGCACACGGCGAAGAUGAAGCAGAGACUGAGGGACGGCGUUGCGGUGACGGUCACGCCUGCUGAGAUGCCGAAGCUUGCGCCUGAGAUUUGGGCGGAGGUGGGAUCACAUUAUAUCCCGGAUAUCAUACGGAACAUCCCAGUUGCGUAUGAAGACUGCAAGCCGUGUGUCGAAAAGUCGAUGAAGAUGUUGCAAGAUCAAAAUAGCCACAGCUGUGGUGUUUGCAGAAAGAGCGCAGACAGCUCGUCUACCAUGGUGGUCAUCUGUCCCAUGGAGACAUGCAAGUCCGUAUCCCAUCUGGCAUGUCUGUCGAAGAGAUUCCUCUUCGAAGACGACAGUUCUGAAGGCGCUUUGAUACCUAUAGAAGGCUCUUGUCCGGGCUGCGGAACGAACCUGAAGUGGGCCACGCUGAUGAAAGAGCUUAGCCUGCGUACAUACGGCGAAGAGGAGAUCGCUGCCAUGUUCAAACCGAAGCGCAAAAAGAAGACCGAUGCGCAGGACGCUGAAGAGAACGUUGGCGAAGAAGACGAGGAUCUUGACGAGACGUGGAUGAAAGACGUAGACGAGUUUGAAGCCGAGAGUCCGAGCAGAUAGGUAGAUAUUGCUAUCGGCUUCGGCACACUCGAACAUGGCAACGGCGACUACAGAGUCUGUCAUGCAUGGAACAUUUCAUUUCUCCCCCUCUGCUACCACUCGCCGACCGUCCUCAACUCCCCUCCCUCGCCAUCAACCCGCUUGACAACCUCCCCCGUCUUCCCCCAAAUCUCCCUCCCCACAUCCUCAACACU